AUGAAGACCUCUGGAGCCUGUAUAUUGUUGUAUCUCUUAGCACUCUCCUUGUCCCCAGCUGACUGGUUUCCAUGGAUGGUCAGUGGGCAAGACCUGGAAAGUGCAACUGGUGAAGUUAGCACUGACUCUCUUAUCAGCACCUCUGCUGCAGCUUUCACACCACCUGUGCUUCUUAGUCCUGUUCAGUCUGACAGUGAAACUACGACGGCUUCAUCAGAUUGUCGUGAAGAAAAGUUCCCUUGCACACGCCUGUACUCUGUUCACAAACCAGUAAAGCAGUGUAUCAGCUACCUCUGUGUUACAAGUGUGCGUCGCAUGUACAUAAUAAACAAGGAGGUGUGCUCUCGCAUUGUCUGCAAAGAGAACGAGGUUAUGCAAGAUGAGAUCUGUCGCCAGCUGGCUGGCCUUCCUUCUCGACGUCUCCGCCGAUCUGGGCAACCCCUGCAUCUCCCUUGCAGACAGCUCCUGGAGCAGCAGCGCAGAAAGCCUGAUGCUCUGUGAGCUACCAACAGUAGGAGAGAAGAAGGAAGGGAGAGAAGAGAAAUCAUCUUCUACUACCUACAACCCAAGACAAGUCCUUCUUGCUUGUGAUUUCCCCAUCAUUUCCUUCCUUCUCUGCCUUCCCCCACAUCCUCUUCAUCAGGUGCUGCAGUACACAGAGUCUUCUCUCUGCUAGUCGGUCAUGGUGGCUGUUGUCAUCU